AUGUCUGUUGCUGGGACCGAUGUAUGGUGGUAUAGAAAGAUAGAUCUGGGAUCUGCUGUUGGUAUUGGUGAAAGCCUUUCCUCAGGUAACUUCGGUAGGUUCUCAAUGUUUCACUGUGGCAUUUCGAGUAUUCUGUAUCACCAAAGCAGAGAGCUUGUACUACGGGGCAAGCAUUGUCCCCAUGGCGUACAGAAAUCCAUGGUCCCGGUAAGUCUUGUCAUAGCAUUCCCUCAAUUUCUGUUUAGCUGCAAGCAAGGCAUCAUGUAUAGCUCUUUUCCAUGGAGUUGUCUUCCUGCUCAAAAUCCUUGUGGACUUCUCAAUAUGCUCCAGGAGAAGUGGGAAAAUCGGACGAAGGAAUAG